AUGGCGAGUGAUUUCAAAAUCUUCACAUCUUCAUGCAAGAAGACAGGAUGGACACUUUCUCCUCCGCCAACAGCAACGAACUUCACAGUCAGGCCUUCCGCAACAUCAACCACAGCUCCAUCAUGUAUGGGCACAACGCAUAUCAUCACGUCAUCUGAAACCUGCGUCGGAAUAUCCAUGAGUGAAGGCAUCAGUACCGAUGACCUGACAUCGUACAAUUCACUUUCAUCGAAGUGUAAUUACUUCCCGAAAGCGGGUACAAAAUUAUGCAUACCGUCCUAUCGCAAAUGCAAACCGUACACGGUCCAAACUAACGAUACUUGCUCUUCUCUGCAAUCGAAGUUUGGUGUAAACUACGCUCAGUUGACAUCGUGGAACCCGUCGCUUGGGCACAAGUGUUCUAACAUAGCGAGCUAUGUCGGUUACGUGAUAUGCUCGUCUAACCCAGGAGGCAAUUGGGUCAAUCCCAGCCCGACAAACGCAUCAACGACGUCUCGACCCUCAGAUCCACCUCUCUGGACUACGACUCUCCUUCCCAUGAGCUCGUAUCAAAACGCAACUUACGUCGCCUCAACGACUGGCGCUCCUUAUGCCAAUCUAACACGGCUGGACUGCAACACUUACGUCACAGCGCCUAUACUUACGAACUACACGCUGAAUGGGACGACUAGCUUCGCCUGUGCGGACGUUGUCAAGCAAUACGGUGUGACUAUGGACAACUUUCUCGCAUGGAAUCCGUCGCUGAACGGGUCAAACCCUUGCCGUAUGGCUAAUAAUACUCAAUACUGCGUGGCAACGUAUGCGACCAUUUCCCAAGGUAUUGUUGGUGCAUGCGUCCAAACGGACGCGGCCCCAUCGGGCUACGACUGCAACGGGUUCAUGGCGAUCCAUGGCCUUGACCAAGACCGGUUCUCACUUUGGAAUCCUGGUGUAGGUGCGAAUUGCGAAAAAUUCAAGGUUGGGACAUACUAUUGCGUCGCCGUCGCACAUUACAAGCAGCCAGGCAUAACAUCGAAUUGCAAUAAGUUUGCUUCUCCAAAUAACACAAAUUGGGCAAGUCUGCCAUGUCAAGUAAUCGAAACCCAAUUUGGGUUAAGCCACGAUCGUUUCGUCGCCUGGAACCCGGCUGUCAAAGAUAACUGCACGGGACUGUAUAUGGGCUAUGACUACUGUGUAUCAAUACCCAACUAUCAGCCAACCUUUACUACUACCAUGGCGAUUGGCUCGGCAUCCACCACCUCUCCAUUAACGAACGGGACAACCUCAGUGACUAGCACUGAAAAGUCUUCAGGUACAUCUACCACUACGAAAUAA